UAACUUGGCUACCAGUGUAGCCCAUCCGCUUGAAAGCCCUCGUCGUUUCAGCCCAGAAGGGGCCUUCGUCUUUCUUCCGCUCACAAAGGCCCGAAUCGGAAGAACUCAUCUGAUAGAUUUAACGCAGCUCUGAUUCUCCCUUUUCUCUGAGCCUGGAGAGGGAAAAACAAAAAGGAAAAGGAAAAGGAAAAGGAAAUCCAACCCAGAUUACAGAACCAGAAUUCGCUCAUAACCAUACCCAGAUUCCAAUUCUUCUAGCCCCUUCAAUUAUUUACUCUACUGGUGAUUUUGAUGUUUAUGAAGUUUGUUUGUUGACACUAUCUGCCACAUAGCGCAGUCAUGGCAGAUGGUUCGGAAGUUGAGGAGCGGGUGGAUCUUGAAGAGGACAAUUACAUGGAAGAGAUGGAUGAUGAUGUGGAAGAACAUGUAGAUGAGGAUGGAGUAGAUAGGAGGGAUGGUGAACGUCCGGAAGAGGACGUUGAAGAAGUUAGUGAAGAGCAUCAAGUUGAGACCAACACAGAAGAUAACUUUUCAGAAGAUGGUAGAAAUAACAUAUCCAUAGAGUCUAUAGAAAAUAGAGAUAAGUCUGCUUCUUUGUUAGAUGAAGAUGAUCUUGAGAAGCAUGCUCAGCUUCUUGCCCUUCCUCCUCAUGGAUCUGAAGUUUUUAUUGGCGGACUUUCACGCGAUGUUUCGGAAGAAGAUUUGAGAGAUUUGUGUGAAUCACUAGGUGAAAUAUUUGAGAUAAGGAUAAUAAAAGACAGAGAUUCUGGUGAAAGCAAGGGUUAUGCAUUUAUAUCAUUUAAAACCAAAGAGUCAGCACAAAAGGCUAUAGAAGAGUUGCAUGGUAAAGAAGUUAAGGGUAAAACGAUAAGGUGUUCUCUGUCUGAUUCUAAACACAGAUUAUUUAUUGGUAAUGUCCCGAAAAGUUGGACAGAAGACGAGUUUAAGAGACUUAUAGAAGGAGUUGGCCCUGGAGCUGAAAACAUUGAGCUUAUUAAGGAUCCUCAGAACCCAAGCCGAAAUCGUGGAUUUGCAUUUGUUUUAUAUUAUAACAAUGCCUGUGCUGAUUAUUCAAGGCAGAAAAUGUCGAGCGCGAAUUUUAAGCUGGAUGGAAAUUCCCCAACUGUUAGUUGGGCUGACCCGAAAAGUACACCUGAUAACUCUGCUGCUUCUCAGGUGAAGGCUCUUUAUGUGAAAAACAUACCUGAGAAUACUACUACUGAGCAAUUGAAAGAACUGUUUCAGCAGCAUGGGGAUGUGACAAAAGUGAAUAUGCCACCUGGGAAAGCUGGGCAUAGUAAACGGGAUUUUGCAUUCAUCCAUUAUGCUGAGAGGUCAAGUGCACUGAAGGCUGUAAAAGAGACAGAGAAAUAUGAAAUUGAAGGCCAAGUGUUGGAGGUUGUCCUUGCAAAGCCUCAAAGUGAUAAAAAGCCAGAUGGAGCCUAUUCCCAUAUAUCUGGAAGUCAUUCAAACCAUCUUCUUCAUGCUGGAUACGGUAGUUAUGGCGGAAGUCCAUACGGUUCCUUAGGUGGGUAUGGUGUUACUGCAGGCUUGCAUCAGCCAAUGAUUUAUGGUAGGGGGCCAAUGCCUGCUGGAAUGCAGAUGGUACCAAUGGUUUUACCGGAUGGUCGAAUUGGUUAUGUCCUUCAGCAACCUGGAGUACCGAUGCCACCUUCUCGGUCUAGAAGAAGUGAGCGGAGCAGUGGCUCAGGUGGACCGACGAGUCGAUCGGGAGGUAGCAGCAGUGGCGAUGAAGUCAACCGUGGGAGAAGGUAUCGGCCGUAUUAACGGUAAAAGAGCUGAAAAGGAUUGUGUGACUGGAGAUUAGAAGGCUAAAUCACAGGAAAUAACAAAAAUCCCCACUCAGAAAAAGAAUGUAAAAGAAACCGAACAAGAUGAGAGAAAGAACAGAGAGGUUUUUGCUAUUAUGGCACUUCUUAUUUAGCUCAGAGUUGAACAAAGAGAAUUGUGUGUACCAUAAGCAAUAUGCAGUUCAAAGUUUUACUCAGUUUUAGAAUCUCCUGUUCUUUCUCCCAUUUUUUUUAUGUCCUUUUGAAGGUGAAAGUCUGUGUAAUCACUGGUAAAGGAUAACUUCAUUGUUCUUCAUCUCUUUUUCUGAGAAGAUUCUUUCUGUUCCUUUUCCCCGUUCAAUUCGAAUCUCUCACUUUUUAGUCGAAA